AUUGUGUAAGAUAACACAGCGUCUACUAGUUCUGUCAAUUGAAUCAACUGAAUUCAUUCUCUACAUCACUUACUAUGUCUGCAUUAUUCGAAUCACCCAUUCUCAUUCAUUCGUCAGUCGUCCUUCAAGCAUUAUGCCUCCUUAAAUAGACGCCCUGUCACCGCCCGGAGAUCUAUUCUUCUGCAUCUAUACUAGGUAGGUGUAUAUAUAUAUACACACACACACACACACACUCACACAUAUAUACAAAUACACAUUUACCCCAGGACUUUCCUUGACCCAUUUCCCAUCCACUCUCCGAUCUCCCCAUACCUUUUCAUGCCUUUCUAUAAUUUGUGGCGCUUGUCACGCUUGAUAUUCGCAUUGCAACUGGCUAUUAGAUUGGUUCUUAGCUGACAUGGGAAGUAUUUGCUACUAAAUAUUCAGUAUUUACCUUGCUGUAUCGUCAGAUUCGUCACACCUUGUAAGUUGUUCGAGAUCAAAAUAAGGAUAUAAAAUUGCCCAAUGAUGCCUGAUGCAGUCACCAGAAUUGUACCGGACAGCACAGCCAGCUUCAUCCCACUGGCUCCGAGGUCAGCCCUUGCAAAAUACCAUCUGGCUUGUCGCAUCGCAUUUCGUUUGGUGAUGCAGCGUUUGCGGAAAGAGAAUGAGCGACGACGAUCCCUAAAACACCGAGUAACUUUGUUUUCAGAGCACAUCCUUACCAACUCCUUGACAAUGCACUUCUCUCGGGCAAAAUCCCGAAUUUUACUUCGAAUCUGGGAGACGGGAGAUUUACAAACAUUCGACAUUUCAAGAUUGUUGGGAGCACAAGAAUCCCCAAUUCAGUUCAAAUCACUGUCCAUCAUGAGUCAAAGCUUCCUGACAUUUCCCUCGAUUGCCCUAUCGGGGCUUGAGGGGUCCAACGCCAGAGCCAGAGCCAGAGUUUAAUGUCUAAUGUGUCAAAUAUAUACGAAUAUAUACGGUAUAGCUUCGAGUGAGCUUCAUCCAUGUUAGUCAAUGAAUUGUCUAUAUAAUAAUCCAGUCCGUCCUCUUUUUAUUUUUCUCAGGCAGACAGACAGCAUAAAAGCUUUGUUGUUUCGAAAAAUUAUAAAAACCCUUGGAUCACCUGGCAUACUCACCGCCCCUGUUCCUGGAUCUGGAUAUCCUUGCUGGACCCAUUAUUUUAAUCGUGGACAUUCGAUCUAUAACAUCUAUAUUGGAGCCAUUUUGCAUUAAAUUGUCAUCCGACGCAGAAGAACCUGACUCUAAUCUCAUCUCUUUUCUUUUCCCUCUCGUAUUGUACAAGUAUCAAGUUUCUCUUGACUUCAGACUUGGAUUUGAGCUUGAGAUCUCAAAAUGAUGGCAUCCAGAAGAGGUAUUCAGAUCCAACCGGAAUUUGGUUAUGGACGUCCAACUCCCACGACUCUUCCGGAUUCGUCGAGAAGGUAUGCAAAAAAAAAUCUGCAAAAUUAGACGACAGAGAGCUAACUAGCAAGGAGCACAUAUACGAUCGCUAACCGCCCAAGUUUUGAUAGUGCAUUUUAUCCCAAUACUAGGUAAGGACGCGUGCAUCCCCAGAAUCAGAACUCAAGAAGCUGAAGCCACUCUCAAAGCGCAUCAUACGCACCGGAUUUAAGUGCGUCGCCUUACAAUCCUAUCACUGCGCCAAUGACAUCAAGCCCUUUAGCCCGUCUGGAUUCAGUCUAUGGAUCUAAUGCUUACAGCGUUGGUUCAUCGUCAAAUGUACACAGAGCUGCAGGACCAAGUUAUGGCCCAUACACAAGCCCAGGCCCAAGUUGGGUGCCUCACGGCAGGAUCUCGCCCGAGACCUAUAUGGACGAUUAUGCUGCUUCUCCCAGCCCAACGGAUUAUACGCUUGAUCCCGCUCCUCGGACAUCCGGAAAAGCCAGAAGUGAUGGGAAAGGCCAUUCACAAAGGCGACCAUCCAACAGAGAUGAAUUUGAUGGACCACAUCAAUUUUUACAACGGCCACCCCCGGAAUACAUUGCCCAGCAGGAGAGGGACCUGCCACAUCUCCCCACAAACCUUGUGGUACAGGAACAGGAUAGUGUCCUAACUAGAGUCAAUGACAGAUUGUCACAGUGUGCUUUUGACUUUGUUGCCAAGUACCAGUUUCCUAUUCCUCUAAACGACAGCUGUCGGCCCGUGGAGCGCCCGCAAGACCGAGAAUGGACAGAGUGGGUGUACCUUCUGAAACGUCUUGCUACCAAGAGACGCAUACCCGCCCGGGUGUUGUAUAAUGGCCAGAUAAAACAAUUUGUCACAAUCUUGGAGAACAGCCUGGAGAUGAGACAUGCCGCAAAGCAUCAAUCACGCCCUUUAAAGGAUGACAGGAAUAUUCUCCAACUGAUCUCUGCCGGAAUACAGGUUGCCAAAAUUUUGAAGGACGCAGAGGCUAUGUCUUACCUCGACCGUUUGUACGUUACGACAGAGCAGCAAAUCCAAGAAAGAAGUGCGAGCCGCUUUCGUCCUUGAUUUCAAGCCUGCGCUUUGCUUCGGCUCAUAUGACUUGACGACUUUUAUGUUGUACGUUGCCCACAUUCAGGCGUUCGCAAUCGUUAGGCAGAUAUGCUACGUGGAUGAAUCAGUUGCUGCUCUUUAAAAGCAUGUAUGUUUUGAUUUUUGGGUGCUUUUCUAUUUAUGUAUGUUAUUAUCGUCAUGCUUGGAGUCCAAGUGGCUUUGCUUCUUCACUGGAUCCCGGACAUCAAGACAAUUCGUUCAGACGGCACUGAAUUUUAUGACGGAACAUGUUAUACGCGCCCGAAAAAUGGAACUCAAAACCAGCCACAUUUGGAACGGUUUCGGAUAUCAGGAAUUUACAGACAGGACAGUGAUAGUUAUUGAAUCUCGGCAGUGGCCGCCGGAUAGCAGCGCAAAACAUCGCAGAAUAAUGCUUGCCUAACCAUCUCUUUUAUCUCCGCACCAGCUUUGGCUUUUUUGAGAGGCAUUUGAAUGAUGGGCAGAUCAGUAUUCAUGCUUGGGAAGGAUAGUCGAAUGCAAGGCUGGCUAAGCACUGGCGUUUUGGGUUGACAAUGGAAAUUGUUGGGCAAAUUUUUGGAUUGCUUUUUGCCUAGUUUGCUCCGAUGUAAUACAUUGCUGUACUAUAUUUCCUAAUUUAUUGUGAGGAUGUGAUGAAGGGCCUCUUUUUACUUUAAGAAUGAAAAAAAUUGUUUAUGAGUCACCUUAC